GCAACGCGGGGUUUCCCCGCCCCUUCGCGCGCGCGCUGUCGGGAGAUCACGUGAGGGGGGGGGAAGGAAAACACUUCCGGUCCGGCGGGAGCCGCUGCCGCCCGUCCGGAGCCCCCUGAGGGGCGAUGGUGGUGCCGGCGCUGGAGCCCCCCGCGCCCCCCGCCAUGGUGGCCGACGUCGUGUUCGUCAUCGAGGGCACCGCCAACCUCGGGCCGUACUUCGAGUCCCUGCGCAAGCAUUACCUGCUGCCCGCCAUCGAGUAUUUCAAUGGGGGCCCCCCGGCCGAGACCGACUUUGGGGGUGACUUUGGGGGUACCCAGUACAGCCUGGUGGUUUUCAACACGGUGGAUUGCGCCCCCGAGUCGUACGUGCAGUGCCACGCGCCCACCAGCAGCGCCUACGAGUUCCUCACCUGGCUGGACAGCAUCCAGUUCGUGGGAGGGGGCGGCGAGAGCUGCAGCCUGAUCGCCGAGGGGCUCAGCACCGCCCUGCAGCUCUUCGACGACUUCAAGAAGAUGAGGGAGCAAAUAGGACAAACCCACAAGGUUUGUGUGUUGAUCUGUAACUCCCCUCCUUACCUGCUGCCCGCCGUGGAGAGCACCACCUACUCCGGAUACAGCACCGAGAGCCUCGUGCAGAGAAUCGCUGAGCGUGGGAUUCACUUUUCGGUGGUUUCCCCGCGGAAGCUUCCGGCGCUGCGGGCGCUGUUUGAGAAGGGGGCGCCCCCCGGGAGCCUGGAGCCCCCCCAGGGCAAAGAGUGCGGCCAGGACCCCCGGCACAUGGUGCUGGUCAGGGGGGUGGCACUGCCAGGCAGCAGCAGCGGCUCCUCCUCCCUGCCCCCCAAAACCACCACAGCCCCUCCCCCACUGCCCCCCAGCGCCCCCCAACUGCCCCCCACCCCCCCACAGCCUCCCCCAGGACCCCAACCCUACCAGGUGCCCCCCCCGGGGGCGCUGAACGCGGCGCAGGCGGCGGCGCAAUCGGCCGUGGAGGCUGCCAAGAGCCAGAAGAGCCUGGCGGGGAGAUGUGAGGAGGAGGAGGGGUUGGGGAGAGGGUCGGGGGUUUGGGGAGAGGGAGAUAAACCCAAACCGGCCCUGGUGGAUUCGAGCACGAAGCUGACGCGGUCCCUGCCCUGCCAGGUUUACGUCAACGCCGAGGAAAACCUGAAAACGGAUCAGUGGCCGCAGAAGUUGAUCAUGCAGCUGAUCCCACAGCAGCUCCUGACCACCCUGGGUCCCCUUUUCCGGAAUUCCCGAAUGGUUCAGUUCCAUUUCACCAACAAGGACCUGGAGUCGCUCAAGGGGCUCUACAGGAUCAUGGGCAACGGCUUCGCCGGCUGCGUGCACUUCCCUCACACGGCGCCCUGCGAGGUGCGGGUGCUGAUGCUGCUCUACUCCUCCAAGAAGAAAAUCUUCAUGGGCCUCAUCCCCAACGACCAGAGCGGCUUCGUCAACGGCAUCCGCCAGGUCAUCACCAACCACAAGCAGGUGCAGCAGCACAAGAUGGACCAGCAGCGUGGGCUGGGGGGCUCGGCCCCUGUUCCUGGGGCUCCCCCAUUCCUGCCCAAGCAGCCGGGGACCCUCCCCGUCACCUCAGGGGUUCAGCCGCAGGUGAGCCCAGGUCUGGCGCAGGUCGGGAUCAUGGAGGAGCAGCAGCGGCAGCAGAGCCUGUUACAGCUCCGAGCCCAACAACAGCAACAACCACAGCCCCCCCCUGCUCCCCCCACGGCCCCAGCGCCUCCCCCAGCCCCCCAAAACCCGGCAGCCCCCCAGGCCGGACCCCCCCAGCCCAGCCAGGCCGGGGGGGGGUCCCUGCUGCGCCCCCAAAACCCCGGAGCCAACCCCCAACUGCGGAGCCUCCUGCUCAGCCAGCAGCCGCCCCAAGGGGGGGUCCCCCCCCCAGCUCAGCCUCUUCAUCACCUGCAGCCCCCCCCGGGACCCCCCCAGGCUCAGCCUCUGCUGCCCCCUCCCCACCAAGGGCUGGGGGGGGGAGGGGCGGGGCAGCUGCCCCUCCUCCACCCUCCCCCACCGGGCCAGCCCUGGCCGGGGCAGUUGGGGGGACCCCGAGCCCCAAUUCCAGGGCAGAUGCUGCUGCCCCCCGGCCCCAGGGGUCCCGUCCCCCCGGGGGGGCUCCAGCCCGUGCAGACCCCCAGCGUGAUGGAGGAGGACAUCCUGAUGGACCUCAUCUAGGGGAGGAACCCCAAAAACACCCCAAAAACCCCAAAAACACCCCCAGAAACCCCAAAAACACCCAAAAAUACCCCAAAAAUACACCCAGAAACCCCAAAAACACCCCAAAACAACCCAAAAAUCCACAAAAUACCCCAAAAUACCCCAAAAAUCCCCCAGGAAUUCCCAAAUUUGGGGUCUCCAGACCCUCAGGGUGGUGGAUGAGAACAUCCUGAUGGACCUCAUCUAGGGGAGGAACCCCAAAAAUGGGGUCUGGGAACCCCAAAAACCCCAAAAUACCCCCAGAAACCCCAAAAACACCCCAAAACAACCCAAAAAUCCACAAAAUACCCCAAAAACACCCCCAGGAACCCCAAAACACCCCCAAAAACACCCAAAAUCCCCCAGGAAUUCCCAAAUUUGGGGUCUCCAGACCCUCAGGGUGAUGGAGGAGGACAUCCUGAUGGACCUCAUCUAGGGGGGAACCCCAAAAAUGGGGUCUGGGAACCCCAAAAACCCCAAAAUACCCCCAGAAACCCCAAAAACACCCCCAGAAACCCCAAAAACACCCCAAAACAACCCAAAAAUCCACAAAAUACCCCAAAAACAACCC